GUCAAGACGGCAAGACGCGCACGCCCCUCCGGGCUCCGGAUCCCCUUGGUUAAAAGCCCCCGACGCGUUCCCUCGUCUGCUCGCAUCCAGCGAGCCGCCUCCUUCGACGGCCGUGCGCGGUUUUCACACCUCCCUCGCGCUCGCGGUGCUGAUCUCGAGGCCCAACCAGAGGCCGAGGGCUCUCGCCGCGCGCAGGGAAGGGGACCAGACAAGCUUGCCAUGGGCUUCCAGGUCGCCGCCGUCGUGCCAUCCCCGUGCGCGCCCUCGACCUCCUCGCGGUCCCCGUUCCUCGGCGGCGGCUGCGGCGUGCUCGCGAGAUCCUGCGCGCCCGGCGGCCUUGCGGCCCGCCGGCGUGGCGAGGGGCGGCCCGCGAGGUGCGCGCUGAGUGCUAGCAUAGAUGGCGUGGGCGGCGGGGACAUGGAGUUCUUGAGGCGGAUCGAGGAGCUGGCGGCGUCGGCGGGGGUGCGGACGGCGGGGUGCGGGUGGCCGCCGAGCCUGGAGCGGAGCGCGAGCGGCGUCGGGCUGCCCCUGUCUCUUCGGAUGCUGAAGCGGAAGAAGCAGCAGCGGCGGCAGCAGGUACCGCAGCCGUCGCGGUGGGACGAGCGCUUCCGCCUGGGCUCCGCCGGCGAGUCGGUGGGCCGCGCCUUCUCCUCCAUGGUGCUCAUCGUGCGGGAGCUGCAGAGCUUCGCGCUGCAGCAGAUGCUCUGCGACGACCUGCAGACCGUCCUGGCGCGCGCCCACGGCGAGAUGCAGGACUCGUUCGUCUGGCUCUUCCAGCACAUCUUCGCCGGCACCCCGGCGCUCAUGCUCUCCCUCAUGCUCCUCCUCGCCAACUUCACCGUCCAUUCGAUGAGCAACAGCGUCGCCGCUGCCGCCGUCGCGCCGACGCCGCCCGCUGCUACGGUGGUCGACACCCAGCACACCGAGCCAUCGAACCCGCGGUUCGACGCGGCUUCCGUCAAGACGUUCUCUUCUGGUCGCACUGCCUCGGUCGGUGGGGGCAGCGGGGGUGGCGGCGAUGUCCGGCCCGUCGCCGGCGCUUCCGGCGAUGACCGGCGGGACGAAUCCCGCUACAGUCUGAGCCGCGUCGCGCCACAGCAACUAACGCCGCUGGCGGGAACGGGCGCGGAGAAUAUCGUGCCCGACGCCGCAGCCGUGGACGAACAGGCCAUCUGGGAAAGGAUGGUCGCGGAGGCCUCGAGCAUGCAGGCCAAUGCGCGCGCCGACGAGUUGACGGACCCGGACGUGCUGGGGAACCUGGUCGCGCCGGUGGAGGCGGAGAUCGAGACGGAGGACGCCGGCGAGUACGCGCGGACGGAGCAGAGGUACGAGCUGGCCGUGUCCGAGGAGCCCAACAACUCGCUCAUCCUCGCCAACUUCGCCCAAUUCCUCUACAUCACGCGGAAGGACCACAAGCGGGCGGAGCACUACUUCGAGCGGGCGGUGCGGGCGGAGCCGGCGGACGCGGAGGCGCUGAGCCGGUACGCGACGUUCCUGUGGAGGGCGCGGGACGACGUCGAGGCGGCGGAGGAGACGUACCAGCAGGCCAUCGCGGCCGACCCCGGCAACGCGCACUACGCCGCCGCGUACGCGCAUUUCCUCUGGAACACCGGCGGCGAGGACACGUGCUUCCCCCUCGACUGACGCGCGUGUUCUUGCGCCGGCCGCGGUGGAUGCCGGCACGAGGCGAGACGCCGAGAGCACGGCACCAUGGCCAGGCUAGUGGGCGGUGGAUUGGAGCUGGGCUAACACAUCAUGAUCCGUUUACUUAGUAGAUUGAGUAGGAGCGUUCAGGGGGCGGUGGGGUGGUGCUCCGGGAGUCCGUGGUGCCGUGUUUCCCGCCCCAGGAAUACGGCGACCGGAGCUUUUGGCCGGGCAGAUGCGAGGGCGAAAGUCCCGAUGAGCUUGUCGGUCAUCUCCCUGGCAUGCAGUGGGUGGCUGUAGGCUGGUGGUGCCACAGCGGGGAGGAAGAAAGGCGAGUGGUGGCAUGGACGUUUGAAUAUGUUGUGUGUAGCAACUUGCGUCCGGUAAUUACGGUGUGUAGUAUAUGAGCAAAAGAACAAGUGAAUAAUAAGAAGGUGAUGGUGAUCUCGGUGCAA